GAGUGAUGGUGCGCUGUCAUUGAGCUCCUAGCUUCGCUUCGUGUUCAGAGAUCUGGCAAAGCUCAAACUUUUGAUGCAAGCUCCUUUUGUGUUGGUUAUAACUCAAUAGAACUAAACACUAUUCAUCAAUGUAAAUGUUAGGAGUGUCUUUUAAAGGUUCAACAAUAAUUACUGUUCUUUUUGUUUGAAAAAUAGGAUAUCGUCUGUACUGAAACCCGGACAAACUGUCAACACUAGAGGCGUAAGAAGUUCCUGGCUUGGCUAGGGUGCUAAAUUAUCCAGGGAUUCUGCGGAUAUCCAUUGAAAAUUAUCCUGGCUGCUCCUCCGUCCGUUGCUAGAGACCUAAUCCAAGAUGGAGUUGUGCUCUGCUCGCUGACAAUCCUCCUACUCCGUCCACUAUCGCCAAGAUGGAUGAAGACCCAACGGAUGACCACAGCGAGGUCAUGCUCAAUAAUUAUUCAUCAAAACUAUGCACAUUAUAUUUGCAACGAAGAAAAAGAUCGAAAAAUUGUAAAGCUAAGCAUCUCGUCGUUGAUAGUAAUAGGCAUGUUUACCGUCCAAAGCCGUUUCCAAACCACGAAUUUAAUAUAACUUAUCACAAUCUAAGUCAUUCGCAUUUUUUAAUAUCGCUUAGAAGUUUAAUUAAACUAUCAAUAUUUUAUUUAUUGUUAAUAUCAACGUCAAUAUCUAAUGUGUAUGGGGGAACCGUGGCUUAUAAUUCAUCGUCUACAUCCGCCGACUCCAACGUGGCUGAACAUCGGGGGUUUACUGAUCCCCUGGGGGCGGUUGACCCUCAGUCAGUGGUUGACCCCCAGGCUGUGGUUGACCCUCAGUCAGUGGUUGACCCUCAGUCAGUGGUUGACCCUCAGGCUGUGGUUGACCCUCAGGCUGUGGUUGACCCUCAGGCUGUGGUUUACCCUCGGCCAGACGAGGCUGCCUCUGCCAGGCUGCAUGCCCUCUUGAGGGACAUCUGGCACUGGCGUACCCACGACACUCCCGAGUAUGCUACAAUGGUGGGAUUAAACGACAACACGGCAGGUCGCCUGGACUCGCUUUCGUCUCUCCAUUUCGCUGCCCGCAAGGAAGAGUGCGUUCGUUUCUUCGACAGAGCCAGGGACUUGGACAACUUUUCAUUAGGCUUCGACGACGAAGUCAACCUAAAGAUCGUAAAAUUUUACCUCCAGACAUACGUGGACAACUACGAAUAUGUCAAGUUGUACACUCCGGUGACGCUGCUGGAGGGGCCCCACCUCCACUUCCCACAGCUGGUGCUGGAGCAGAUGGAGCUGAACUCCUACGACGACUUCCAGAAACUUCUCUCCAGGUAUGGCGGGUUCCCCAGGCAGGUUGGGGAGGUCGUGGCGCUGCUGAGGCAGAACAUCGAGGACGGACUUGUGCCCCACGCCUCGGUGCUGGCCGGCGUAACCGAGCAGCUGUCCGCGUUUUCGGUGCCAGUCACGGAAUCCGCGUUUUUCAAGCCCUUCGUGGACCUGCCGGAGUCCGUAUCCGCGGCCCAGAGAAGCACGCUUCGUCUACAGGCGCAAGAACGCGUGGCGCAAGACGUGCUGCCGGCGUUCGACAGCCUUCGUCAGUUCGUGGAGGAGUCGUAUGUGCCUCAGGCGCGGCAGAAGGCGGGCCUGGGGAGCGUCGCUGGUGUUGGGACUGGGGCCUAUGAGGCCUUGUUGAGGUACCACACCACGACGGGCCUCACACCUCAGCAGAUAAACGCACUGGGCCUCAGCGAGGUCAAGAGGAUACGACCGCUGCUCAGACAGGCGAUCGUAGACGCUGGCUGGUCGCUUGCUGGCCACAAAACGUCAUCUGCUGACAAUGAUUCGUCGUCUGCUGAUGACCAGUCCUCGUCUGCUGACCACGACUCGUCGCCAGCUGAUCACGACAGGUCUCCUGCUGACCACGACUCGUCGGCAGCUGACCACGAAACGUCGCCUGCUGACCACGACGCGUCAUUCGUCGCCCUGCUUGACGUGGUCAGACGUGCUCCUAGCCGCUACUUCUCGUCUGCUGAUGACGUCAUCGCAGCGUUGCAAGAGUCCGUCAAUGUUGUCCGCAACGCGGAUUUAGGAACCGCGUUCGAUUCCGUGCCGGAAUUUGCAGUGAAGGUGACCAAUUCGACCAUCGCCCCCCUGGGGGGCCGUCUGGAGUACAAGAGCCCCCCUCUGGAUGCACCCCCUACGCCCCCCCGCCUGCUGGUGGACACGAGCGACCUCACCCUCAUCUCUCGCGACGAGGUCCGAGCUUUAUCCUUGUACUGGACAAUUCCGGGCCGUUAUUUGCUGUCGGAGUUUUUGCGGACGGGCAGCGGAGUUCCGACGUACCGACGGAUCCUGCAAGAUGUCAGACUCAGCGAUGCCCCCGCCAAGCUGCCCGUUUAUUCCUCCUUCGUCGAGGGAUGGUCGCUGUACAGCCAAUACCUCGGCGAGGAGUUAGGACUUUUCGAGGAUCCCGGACAAAGGCUGGGGCGGGUGUCGCAGGAGGCGUUGGCGGCGGCGCUGCUGGUGGUGGACACCGGCCUCCACGACCUCCAGUGGACGGUGGACGAGGCACACACCUUCCUGCUCCACCACACCUUGGUGGCUCCACACCACGCCACGUUGAUCCUUCGCCGCGUCCUGACCUGGCCUGGCUAUUCAGCGGCAGCAAAAGUCGGUGAAAUCAAACUCAAGGAACUUCGACAAAAAGCCGUCAAUGCUCUAGGGGAAUUAUUCAGACUACAGGAUUUCCACACGGUCGUUCUCAAGUGCGCUGGACCGAUCAGCGUUCUGCAGUUCUGCAUCGACCACUACAUCCAUUCAGUGACCAGCCAGAACGCUGCCCUCGAGACGUUUACAGACGACGAACAAACGUCGUCCAAGGAAGAAAGAGAAGCAAGGAACGGUGAACGCCAUGAGUCUAGGGCCCCUGAGAACGUUCCUCCGGAUACAUCAGGCGUUCCAGGUUGUUCCGCGUUUGUGACGAGCUUUAUCCAAAUAUUCAGUGUUGUUAGUGUAAUGCGAAUCCUAACUCUGUGAUAAUAUUAUAGCGAUAAAGUAUUUAAGAAAAUAUCCUGCAUGUUUUUGUGUAUGUUUACAGAUAAAGAAUAGGCAACUAAAAAUACAAGACACUACACUGAGACAAUAAAUGGCUAAAAUGUUUAAAUAGUGACAUACUUUUUUUGCUUAGACCAUGACCAGAGAGACUAGUAGCACUGAUAUGUCCCUCUGAGGGGCUAAACUGAGUGAUGACUCACACCAUGGGAAAGCUUGCAUCGCUAUGUGAACAAUUUCGCGCUUAUUUCUCUGGCUGGAAUUAUAAAAUUCUGAAAUUUCAGUCGGGAAGUCCAUUCCGUUGCAGAUUUUAUUUCUUAUAUAAAUUCAUAGUUUGAUUUUUUAUAGAAGUUUUACUCAAGUGUAAUCUUAUUUUGCGAUAGUUUGUGUUGUUUGUGGAUGUUACUGUUUAUAUGUAAUAGAUUGUUUAGCUUGUAUUAUUUUAUGUUUAACAAGGGAUAAUGCUUAGAAGCGCUCAGGUAUCCAUACACUAUAGGCUACAUAGAUUAUAUAUAUUUUUUACAUAUAUAUUAAUUUGUUUAAACGCAAUUAUUAUUUCAUUAACUGAAAUAUCCUUAUGUGAUCUCAUUGGUACAGCAUUAGCAAGUAGCAAUGAUAGUGUAACACGCAUCUGAUUGCAUCAUUAGGCAAUGAUAGUGUAACACUCUUAUGAUUGCAUCAUUAUGCAAUGACAGUUCAUCACUCUUCUGAUUGCAUCGUUAAGCAAUGAUGGUGUGUAACGCUCUUUUGAUUGCAUCAUUAAGCAAUAAUAGUGUAACACUCUUCUGAUUGCAUCAUUAAGCAAUGAUAGUGCACCACUCUUCUGAUUGGAUCAUUAAACAAUGAUAGUGUGACACUCUUAUGACUGCAUCAUUAGGCAUUGACAGUGUAAAACUCCUCUGGUUGUAUCAUUAAGCAUUGAUAGUGUAACAUCCCUCUGAUUGCAUCAUUAAGCAAUUACAGUAUAUCAGUCUUCUGAUUGUAUCAUUAAUAAAUGAUAUUAUAACAUCAACUGAUGAUGUUUCUUCACAUGCACGAAGUCAUGAAAAUAAUACUUUGCUUAGCUUUUGAAACUUCGAAUUUAUUUUAAUUAUGCGUUCAUAUUAAUUAUAGAAAGGUACAGGCUGAGAAGCGAGACUCUGAAAUAUCUUACGAAUUACAUUAUGCAGAGGCAAUUUGUGACUUAUGAUAAAGUAAUUACUGUUACAUACGUAUAUUUCUUCUCUAGAAAGAGAUGUUCAAAAGUUCCAAACGAGAUAACCAAUAAAUUCUCUCUCGCCAAGUGGCUGCACAAUGUUUUUAAGUAACCAACUUUCGCUCACUGUUUUUAAGUGAUAAUAUUUUAGUGGUAUAAUAAUUUCAAGUAAAGUGGUGGUAACAAUCAAAUAUUAAACUCCAGAACCACUGACGCCUCUGAGAUAAUGAAGAUGUCCAGCAUGUAAAGUUUUUAGUCGAUAAUUCUGAUUCUCUUCAGAGAUUAAUUUUUGUCUUCGAGCGGAGAAAAAAAUCAUUCCUCUCCCGGGCUCGUAUCGGUCUUAAAACUUUAAGAGAUUUUUUCUCAAUAAGAAAAACUCAUUUAGUACUCAUUCUUGAUUCUAAUUAAAAACCAGGUACACUCCUUGUAAAGUGUUCAUAUUUAUUCAUCUAGGUUUAUUUUAAUAAAAGAUGUAAAUGUUAACAUUUACGGGCCUUCUUUAUCCACUUAUAUAUGAAGAACCAGCAGUUAGGUGGAAGAAUGGACAUAAGGUAUUGGUAACAUUCCUCUUCAAACUAAACUCGAUUUAUGCUCGGGGCGUUUGAAUUUUUGGAAUCAUAAAAAUGUAGCAGCAAUAUAUCGUUUUGUCCUAACACUUUACUGUUCUCUAGAAAAGUUUUUUGUAUGGUUCUUUAUGGAUGUUGAUAUCCAACAUUAUUUUUUGGUAAUCAUAUAGGACGUGAAACUUCAACGCCUGCUAGAGACGAGUGAUCGAUUGAUUUGAUGAACCUUUAUUGAUUUUUCAGUUGCAUUUGAUCUGUGCUUUCAUACUGAAGGUUCGAUUCUCGUCUAAGAAGAGUGAGCUUAUUAAAACUUUUUCUUUAAAACGAUAUUUGGUGCGGUAUACUCAUUUCUACAUUUUAGCAAGAUUUGAAACUUGUAUUUUUUGAUGUAGCACGUUGAGAA